AUGUCACAAGCUUCGAACUUUGUCAAGAAGUUAGCAUCCAACGACAAACCAACAAGGGACGCCGCACUCGAGUCCCUCAAGAAAUUUCUCAUUUCCAAAUCAGCAUCAUCAUCAUCAUCAUCAAAAACAAAAACAUUCACGAUUUCAUUACUCGAUGCUGAAAAAUUAUGGAAAGGGUUGUACUACUCCAUGUGGUUCUGCGAUAGACCAAAAGCUCAAGAACGGCUAGCUGAAAACUUGGGCAGAUUGUACUCGGAAAACAUCAAAUCCGAUGACGUAUUUCUCCGAUUUGUUGAAGCAUUCAACUUAAUCAUGACUAAACAAUGGAGUGAUAUUGACCAGUGGAGAAUCGACAAGUACUAUUUGCUAAUUAGGCGGGUGUUGAGACAUAAUUUCAAGUACUUGAAGCUGCAUGAUUGGGAUGAACCCUUGGUGCGCGAUUGGGUUGAUGUAAUGAGUCGAACUUUGUUGAGUGGUGAUGCUAAAGUGCCUGUUGCUUUGCCGUAUCAUUUAUGUGAUAUUUACUUGGAUGAGCUUCAAUUGGUUAUGUUUGAAGAGUUGGCGGAGGAAGAAGCGGAGUUGGAUAAAGAAGAUCCCAAGUAUUUGCAAAAAUAUGAGACAUUGUUGAGACAAAAGAUUGCUAUUGUUGAAGGUGUGCCGGUGUUGAAACUAAUAGAGCCGUUUCUGGUUUUGAAUAAGGAGGCGAAGUUGAAACCUUUGAGGGAGAAGUGUAAGGAAGAUGUGUUGGAUGAUGAGCGAUUGGUGGAUUGGGCUGUUGUUGGUGAUGAUAGUGAUUCCGACGUGGACGGUGAGGGAGAUAAUGGAUCUGCUGAGCAAGAUGAUGAAGAGGAAGAGGAGGAAGAGUGGAAAGGAUUUUAG